UUGGUGAAGAAACCACGUCCCCGAGUGGGGCUCCCGCGCGACUGUCGUCGUCCUUGACACAGAGCUCUUCUGGAUUGAACCAGACUGUUGAGGCAGCCACCAGUGUCCGAAUUAUUUAUUUAUUUCGAGUGAACUUUUAGUUUGAAGAGGGGGAUGAAGCUUAUAACGAAUUUACGGAUAAAUGUAAAGGUAUUUCGUUGACAGUUGUAGUGAGCACGUUUUUGCUCUCCCUCACGUGGGUCUGAUUAGUGAAACUUGACAACGAGAUGCGCCCAUGUGAACAUGAAUUUGAUGGAAAACAAGAAGAGGACGACAAGAAGAAUAUGGCAUGAGGUCUGAGGAGGAAACGUCACUAGAAAUCACGUCGCUGUGUGACAAUAUACUACUGAAAGCAUAAUGGCAAUACCCACGUAAUUAAUAUGCGUAUGCAAUGACGCGACAAAUACUCUUAGUAAACACAAAAUAUAGUCAAAUGCUGUUUAGUAAGCACAGCAACUUAUAGUGCCAUGAUGCCAGUGAAAACAAAGAAAAAUCUGAGAGUCGUGUGAAGUUCCCUGACAUGUUUUUCGAAGUAGAACUUCCGGGACCCGACGUCGAACGGGCCAGCAGUCAUGAAAACCUCCCGUCUCUGCCCUCUGCGAGGUUCCGCAAGGGGCGUGGCAUAGGAUUUAUUCAAGUAGUGAACGAGGCUAGUCAUUCUCGACGCCAUUUGAAUCAUCUACCCGACGCUACUCCUACGGAGUCCUUUGCUCUGAGAGGCUCGGAAUCCUUACCCAAUUUGAAUAAGGACCCCCACCGGGACAGGUCACUCGACAGGAAAGAGAGUCUGUCGGUCGUGUGGUCAAGGAACAUCAGCAAACUGAAGAACAUUCAUUCCGGGGGGGAGGGGAGGCCGAGAGACAAGUGGGACUUGCCCCUGGCCGGAGCGGCGAAAGGGAAGCGCUUCAGCUUCCAGCGAAGUCAAGACUCGAAGGAAGUUCCCGCUGAGGACGUCAUUACGGGGAAAGGCUCAUUCAGCGAACUCGUCGUGGACCUCACCAGCCGCGAAUCGAGCCCGAUGACCCGAGUUCUCCAGGAAUUAAUUCCCGGCGUGAAGAAUUACCGCAGUCGGUCUCUCCUCUCCAGGGGACGCUCGGGACACGCCCCUCCGGCGUUUCCUCAGAUCAAUAACGGGGAAAAUGCAGGCAAUUCGAAAUCGAGAGUCCCCAAGGACCCUGCCGAAAGGAAGCGUUCUUUCUUCAGAAACACAGAAUUUGCCCUGCAGGAAAUUCGGAGGUUGCAGGAAUGCUCAAGGACUCCCCGGGGGUCUUGGCAUCCUAGAAGGGAUGGUGAUCUCUCCAGUCCCGCCCUCACCCGCACUCCCAGAAGUUCUUUAUCGAGGACUCCUUUGUCGGUGGAAAUGUUCGAAGUAGAAGGUUCUGUUACCGGCAGCGCAUCGACAAUCGACAGCCAAGAUAGCGAGAAGCCACCAGACAUGGGUAUGGGGACGCUGCUGAGCUUCUACCCCAGGGAGAACAGCAUGGGCGCGGGCGCCGUGCCCUACGAGUAUGAGGACGUUUCGAAGCCCCUGGUGCCGCCCUUGGAGGCCUGGUCCUCCUCCGACCAGAAUUCGGACAUCUCUCAAUGGAGCGACGACGACGAUCUCGCGUCGCCCUACGCGAAGCAGAACGACAUGCCUUUCAGGGUGUCAUGGACGGUGAUGAUGGACGUCGGUGUACAGACGACUUGCUUCAGUGAGGAGGAGCUCGAUUGGGAUCUCAGCGAUCAUGUUGACCGAGAAACCCAGACACUUCCUCCGAACCCCACUCCCUUCCAGCUCAAUCGCACGGACGUUUUCGUUCAGACCGACUAUCGAUAUUUUCCUUUGGCAGUCCCGAGGCCUCAUACGUCUGGUGUAUUCGUUAAGAAGGUAGACGCCAGCACCCAGACAGAGCACACUACCUCUUCCGUGUCCACCCAGACGGAAGAACCUUACCUUCAGCCUUAUGUACCACCAGUACAAAAAUUAGAAAUGGGCGGUGCAUCUUUCGACGAUGACAUCUCGGUACUCCACUCGGACGCUUCGUCCGGACCCUCUACCUCAGGGCUGGGGUCGGCCAUCCAGCGGCCGGCCAUCCUCCAGCCUUUGCCUGGAAGUCUGGAGGAGCCAGACGUCAGCAUACUGCCCCCGAGUCCCCCCCAUUCGCCGGAAGUAGAAGCCAUGAUGAACAGCGAGGGCGAACAGUUACCAUUGGCUCCGUUGACGGCUGAGGAUCGGUGGUCGAAGCUGGCCCUUCAGACGAUCCACGAGUUCAUGCCCAUCGCCAUAAAGAAGAAGAAAGGACUCGUCUUCAAUAAAAUACCGUUUUUCAAAAUCCAUCGCACGAGGAGAAGAAUGAUAGACGUAAGUAUUCAAACUGACAACGAUAUAUUAACGGACGAAGCGCCGAAGUUCGCGGCUAGACCGCCUCCCUGCAGGAAAGUGAAUCUUCUGGAAGAUACGGAUUUUUCGGACAUUGACGAAUACGUCCUGAAUACGCCCGAUACGAUAGGGCAAGAUUCGUCGGAACUCGUUCGGUACUUGUGUCUUCCGGCGACUGACGACCUGGAGAGGCUUCGUGCUAUAUUUCGUUGGGUUACGGAGAAUAUAAGCUUCGACUGGAAAUACGUAGACGAAUCCCAGACAGUGGACGAGAUCUUGGAAUCGAGAGCGGGUGUCAGCAAAGACUACGUGGUCAUCAUGGUGGAGCUCUGUCACCUGGCGGGAAUAAGGGUCAAAAAGAUACAGGGAUUCGCCAGACCGCAUGAUUUCAGAAUUGGCACCGUUUUUGUACCUGAUAACGACCCCCUGCACACCUGGUCAGCCGUCUUCCUUUUCGGAUCAUGGAGAUUAAUCUCUCUAUUUUUUUUUCCAGGGCACAUGGACGCCCACGGAAAAUACCAUCGCCACCUAAAGGAGCACUAUUUCCUCACCGAUCCCGACCAGAUGAUCUUCACUCACUUCCCUUAUCAUAACAUGGAAUUGGAUUACGAUAGGUGGCAACUGCUGGACAGACCUCUAACCUUAGAAGAAUUCAACUCUCUGCCGAAGGUCAUGCCAGAGUUCUGGGCAUGCAGGCUACGACUGGAUCGUCCCAAGAGUUCGCCAGUGACCUUCAAAACGCAGACCGAAAUCACAUUGUCAUCCAACGUUCUCAUCAGAUACAAGUACCGGUUCUUUCCAGCGGACGAUGAGGAGGGCGAGGAUGCCAGUAUCAACCAGUGGGUGUUCUGCACGAUGAAGGACAACGACGCCACUGUUUCCUUUAUGAUCCAGCCCCCGGAGGCCGACAGCUACAUCCUGAAGAUCUACGCCGGCGUCGAGGAGUUCCUCGAGGACGAAGGAGCUGCCCUGCCACAUGUGGUCACUUUCCUCCUCCACUGCGAAAAGUGUCGUCGGUACGCAGUGCCAUGGCCACUCCACGACGUGGCAUGGGGUCCUACCCAGCGCCUCUACGAAUGUGCCUGGACCCAGUCAAUCAGACGGAUUGCAGUUAUCACCACGUGGGGAGGGCGAAAGAGCCUCAUCUUCGACAAGGCUUUCGAAGUCCUCGCCAUGUUCCAGAUUUUCGACUGCGACGGACAACAGCUGGAACCUAAAGGUAUCUUAGGUCGGGAGGAGACGGAGGACCAGCUGAGGCUCACCAUAGUUCCCCCUGGGUGUGGAUAUUACAAACUCCUUAUUUAUGGUAUUCCUAGGCCACAGGUGGGUGGCUCUGUGGUCAGAGGACGUUGGAGCUUACCUCUUCUGGCAUCCUACCUCAUCGAGUGCAAGAUGGUUCUCGAAUCGAAGAAUCACGACAGGAACCCCGAAAAGAAGAAGAACGGGAAGAGGAAAAUAAGAGUCAAUAGUCGGAGAUAAUGGACGGGCGAACCGAUAAAAAAAACACACACACACAAGAAAAAUAGUGGAGGACUUUUACGGAGACACUCUGUCCCCGUUGUUCUUAAUAACGAAAAACAUUACUGCAGUCAAGUUGCUCGAUUGAUGGAUGAAAUGUCACACGAGACAAAUGGGAAAAUGGGGACCUUUAGUUUCAUUGGGAAUGAGAAAAGUUCGGAUAUUUUUGAGCUUUGUAAAGAACGUCAUUCGAACAUAUAGUCUGUGAGGAUCUCGACGUAUGGGGUCAAGGAAAUAAAAAAAAAAGCAAAAAAAUCGUCUUUAGAAUCCAUAUUGAGAAACGUUUUGAAAAAUUUGUUUCAUUGUUGAGUAUAACAUGAAAGUGUUUUUAGUGCAAGAUUUUCAAGGGAUGGUCUUAAAAGAGCGAGGAAAAAAACCAGACCUUUUCCUCGGUCCUUAAAAGUAACUGUAAACAUUUUGGUGAGAGACGAGUGUUCUGUCAGGUUAGUUGACUCAGGGGAGCAAAGACUGUUAUCGUUACUGUAAAAUUAAGUUUGGUAUCGUUCUUAUUUUUUUAUUAUAUCUGUGUAAUUCUUUGCUUAUUUAUAUGAUUAACUAUUUUGGCCUUUAGUUUUCGAAUAAAUGAACAAAACCUUUUACUCAAAUAUCCGGCGUUCUUUUGUUACUUCGAUACUUGUCUAUAAUAUAUGGACUUUUGACAUUUAUAUGCUUUUAAGAACUUUAAUGCUUGUUUGAAAGUUGAAUACUGUUACUAAAGACAUAGUACUUUUUAGAGAGUUCAUAUACCUUGCGAAAGUUUAUCUAAUGCUGAAAAAAAUUAGUAUCUUAUACUUUAGAAAGUUAUUUAUAUAUGGAAUUUAUUCCAAAAGGUUUAGAUAGUUCUUUACAGUAAAAUCAUGAAAAAAAAAUAUAUUCAAGGCUACAGUAGCCAAGUUGACGUAUUUAUUCGCAUUAUAUCUUAAGUUAACUAACAGACUUAUCAGUUUCACGACAAAUCUGGCAAAAAAAAAUUAAGACAAAAUAGUUUGUUAUUUAUUCUGCUCUCUUGUGUUCAAGUCUUUCAGUUAUCUGAUGCGCCCCGACACAAAAUACUAAGAGGAAUGGAAACACGCCAUGAGGAGUAACGUAUGUUAUUGUGGUCAUGACUAUCUGCAGAACUUCUACUCUUACUUGGCUUUUCUGACUUCUAUAUCCUCCUGUUUGUCGCUUUAUCUCUUUUUGAGUAUCUGGCCUUUUCGUCCAUUCAUUUUCCGUUCGUCUUCUCUCUCUCUCUCUCUCUCUCUCUCUCUCUCUCUCUCUCUCUCUCUCUCUCGUCUUGCUUUCAGACAAUUGUCAUUCCAACACUCUCUCUCUCUCUCUCUCCAUCUUUUUCUUCUUUGUCUUCUUUGUCUUGAUUUCAGGAAAUUCUCUCUCUCUCUCCUUUGUCUUCUUUGUCUUGAUUUCAGAAAAUUGUGUCUCUCUCUCUCUCUCUCUCUCUCUCUCUCUCUCUCUCUCUCUCUAAAACAUCCAACCAAUAGACCCAGUUACGAAAUCAAAAGUCAGUGUAACAAGAACAACAUCAAAGAGAAAGAGAGGGAGGAUAUUGUGACCAAAAGUUGUUGGCAGAGCAGUUGAAAAAAAACUCCCACAUUUCCGAAACAAUCAAACCCACUCUCAGCUAAGUUUUUUUUUUUAACUUUCAAACUCCCUCUCAGCUAACAGGUUUUUUUUUUUUUUUUUUUUUUUUUUUUUUUUUUUUUUUUUUUUUUACUUUUAUCUUAGGGUAUCGAAAGAGAUCUUGUGUCCUUAAAGGAAAACUUCCGAGUAGAGAAAACUUUCAAAAGUUUUCUUUUUCCACCAAAGGUGGACACUAAGCUUGGGAAAUCUAAGUUCAGGUCGUAUCCGCCAAGUGGUUUGUGCUGUACAUUUUAUUUUUUUUUUCUAUUUUUUUCUUUAAAUUUUAAUUUUUUAUUAGAGAAAUAUUUUCACACAAUUUCCCUGCAGCAGAAUGAGUGUUGUAUAAGAAAUAUAUCUCCUGUCAGUUGUAAUAUUGAAGACUUCAAGAAAAUUAGCUUUUCUUUAUUGAAUAAACAUUUUUAUUUUAUAAAAUGUACUGUCAUAAAUUAUUCGUUACUGAA